AUGAAUUACUGUGUCUUCUCAGAGGCCACUCACCACGUCUGUAAUCCUUUAUGCUCCUCGGAAGGAUGCUGGGGCCCUGAUCCCAGGGACUGUGUCUCCUGCCAGAAUGUGAGCAGAGGCAGGGAGUGCGUGGAGAAGUGCAACAUCCUGGAGGGGGAACCGAGGGAGUUUGUGGAAAAUUCUGAAUGCAUCCAGUGCCAUCCAGAAUGUCUGCCUCAGACCAUGAACCUCACCUGUACAGGCCGGGGGCCAGACAACUGCAUCAAGUGUGCCCACUACAUCGAUGGCCCACACUGUGUGAAGACCUGUCCAGCUGGCAUCAUGGGGGAGAACAACACCCUGGUCUGGAAGUAUGCAGAUGCCAAUAAUGUCUGCCACCUCUGCCAUGCCAACUGUACCUAUGG